AAACAGAGAGUGAGAACUGCAGAGAGACGAAAAUCGGAGCAAAAAUUAUCAAUGGAAAACGUAGAGAGCUUAGCAAAAGCUGCAAUGGAGAAAUUGAAGGAGAUGAAUAAUGUGGAAAACGUACAGAGCUUACCAAAAGCUGCAAUGGAGAAAUUGAAGGAGAUGAAUAUUGUGGAAAACGCAAAGGAGGUCGUCAAAACAUCAACUCCAUUUGUAACAAACUUUGUGAGGAUCUCAUUUGACUGGUUACUGGAAAAUACGAAGGAGAUUGUCGAGAAAACGACGCCGUUCGUACGAACCUCGUCUGAUGGGUUACUCGAAAAAGCUCCUCCACGGAUAUCCAUGGCAAAAAAUUGGAUCCAAAAAGCUCCUCCACGGAUAUCCAUGGCAAAAAAUUGGAUCCAAAAAGCUCCUCCACGGAUAUCCAUGGCAAAAAAUUGGAUCCAAAAAGCUCCACUAUAUUAUACCAUUCCAAUUGGAUUUCUGCUGAUUUUGUUGCUCUACCGUUGUUGCGGCGGCGGCGGAGGAGGAAAUGGGAAGACGAUGAAAGCUCCGGGAAGGAAAAACGUAAGAAUAUCAAGGCCUAAUUUUCAACGCGACCCUAAAUCCUAUUUCCGCGAUCUCCACUCCAAAAAAAACUAAUUUCUGUAUAUCCGUGUUUAUUUACUAGUCCUGAUUAUGCUCUAAUUUCUUAUUUUUAAGUUUGAACUCGAAAUAUUUAGUGAAAAAUGGAGGUAUCUCAUGUAUCCCACGAUAGGUUAUAUCCUUAUAUCAGUAUAUGUCUUGUUAAGUAAUUUGAGUAUGUAUUGGUGUACGCGUUGGAUAUUAUUUUCUGAUUUAUUGCAGAUAUAUAUAGUUCAUGUAUGUGUUUCGGUUGAUUCUAUUAAGAAAUUUAUAAAUAUUUAUAGUA